AUGUGGGCCACAUGGAUUGUGAAGGCUGUAUCUCCGUCAAAACCCGGUCGAACUCAGAAAAAAUUGGAGGGUAGAUGCAGUUUUAAAUUCUCUACAAAAUGGCCGGAAAAAAAUUGGGGAUCGGGGGGAGCAGUAUACACCGAACUGAAUCACUUGUUGGAUGACUUAACAAAAGAUGUUCAAAAAUAUUUACAACAUGAAAAAUAUGUAGCGAUCUUUAGUAAAGUUGUGAAAGAGGGUAACACCACAGACGAUUCUGUGUCUUGGUGGAUAAACUUCAUUGAUCUUUUAUGUUAUUUACCAUAUGCAGAAGAUUGUCGUUACAAACUCAUUAGUUCAUUAAAGACUUAUUAUGCGGAAAAUACAAUACAAAUUCGCGAGGUAGCACAAUUUGAAAGCGACUACAAGGCGGACGAAGCUCUGUGGUGGUAUACACGUCCUACAUUUUUACAUCGUCAGCUAAAUAACGCUCUCCGACAACAUAAUAGUCAAGUCAUGUUUUUAUUCGGAUUUAUUGUACAAGAUAUUUACCGACAAUUGAAAAAAGAACAUGAAAAACUCAAAGACAAUCCAGAAAAUCCAUUAAGAUUAUACCGUGGACAACUAAUGUCACACAUUGAAAUUAAACAGCUUAAAGGACUUUUAACUCAUAGAACGAUUGUAAACAACAGUUUCUUUUCAACUAGUGAUGAUCGUUCCGUGGCAUUAUUGUUUCUAAAUCCAGAGUCAAAACUUGAAGAUGAAUUUCAAAACGUUUUAUUUGAAAUUGAAAUGGAUAUGCGAGAGAUGUCACGUCCGUAUGGAUGCAUAUCAAAUUUAAGCAUUAUGCUAGAUGAACGUGAAGUUUUAUUGAUGAUUGGAAUACAAUUUUUAGUACAGAAAAAUGAUUUAUUGUAUGAUGAAAAUGAAAAGCUUUGGAAUGUGAAAUUAAAACUACAAUCUAAUUUUAAUUUAAAAUUUGACUGUGAAAGUAAAAGAAAAAAUUUAAAAAAUUCUAUUAGCCAAUUAACUCAUUUUAUCUGGAUGGCUCUACCACAAGAUAUAAAUAGUAUUUUUUAUGAAUUAAUUAAUUUAUUUCCAUCAGAAAAGUGGAUUUUAGCCGUUAAAAUGCAUUGCAUAGGAAAUUAUCAAGAGUGGAAAGUAGAAAAUUAUAGUGUGGCAUUAUCAAGUUACGAAGAAGCAUUAAAAAUCUGGGACGAAUACAAAGACGACGAUGAAUUAGAUUAUUCCGCUGAUAUUGGUAAAAUUCAUAUGGAUAUUGGUGAUUGUUGUCAAAAGCUGACUAACAAACACUAUAAUCACUCUAUCAGCUGUUAUGAAUCUGCACUCAAGAAAGCAACUACAGAAAACGAAAAAAUAAAUAUAAAUUGUCGCUUGGCUGAGAUAUACGAAAACAAAAUGCAAAUUGGCAAUGAUAAGAAAGAAGAAAAUGGUUUAAAGGUCAUAUCGUACUUAAAAACAAGUGUUCAACACAUGAAAAGUAAUUCAUCUAAUACUUUUGGAAUUGGUAUCUCUCUAGAAAAAAUAGCUGAUAUUUAUGAAACAUUAUUAAAAUAUGAUGAUGCUUUAACGUUCUAUGAAAGCGCUUUACAAUUUUAUCUGGAACAGUUAGAUCCACAUCCUUACUCAAUUAUAGAAAUCUCUAAAAAAAUAGUUCGAAUCUACAUUACACAGAAAAAUGAUUAUCAUUCUGUAUUAAAAUAUCAAUUAAUAAAACAUAAAUAUACAUUGAAAAAACACGAACUGAAACCAACGGAUAAUGAUCAGACGUACAUUAAUAUUAAAAAGAAAGCUAUAGCUGAAAGUUACACUGAAUUAGCUGAUAUGCAUUUAGCAUUAGAUGAAUAUAAAUUUCGCAUAUGA